GGGAGACGGAGGACGCGGUGAUGGCGGCGCGGUACGGCGCGGGGCAGUACGAGGACGCCUUCAGCGCUCCCCGCCUGCAGAACUGGAGCGUCGCCCGGCACUGCCGGCGGCGCCCCUCCCCCCGGGACGGCUCCACUCAGCCUUUGGCCAACGACCGCGGCCAUCUGCUGCCCUCCGUGCGGCGCUCCCAGGUGUCCCCCUGGGGGACGUUUGUGGGGACGUGGGAAAUGCCGGCCAGGAUUCCCCCCCCAAAGCUGAACCUCACCGCCCGAUCGGCCGCCGCCGCCGCGCAGCUCUGCGGGUGGAUCCGAACCCCCACAGCGCUCAGCACCGCCUGCAAUGGGGGCGGCACCGUCAUCUGCGGGCAGCCCCAGGAGAGCUGCAGAGCUCUGAGCGCCACCGCGGAGCCACGGAGCGGCAAUGAGGACACGCGUGGAGCGCAGCCCUCACCCACAGCAGCGCUGGAGGAGCAAUGGGGCAGCGACGCCGUGGGGCAGAACGCAGCCCGGGGGGAACCGCGGGGCAGAGGUGGGGCCAAAGCCCACCCCGAAGGCGCUGCCCCGUCUGAAGGCACAGAGCGGAACCCGGCGGAGCGCAGCCAAAGCUGAGCUUCGUUUGCAGCUGCAGAACGGCUCUGCGGCUCCAAAUAAAACCCAUCUCUCGAAGCUGAAA